AUGUCAACCUUGACUCUCAAUGAUGGAGCUUCGAUCCCAUUGCUGGCGUACGGAACCGGUACGACUCUGUUGAAGAACAAACGCAGCCGUGCUACUGGCGGCGAUCCGAUGGCCCUCGAUCGUACGGUAAUUGAGCACAUCAAGACCGCCAUUCGACUCGGCUAUCGUCAUCUUGACACGGCCGAGAUGUACCAGACCGAGCCCGAGACGCGGGUCGCGAUCAACGAAAGCAUCGCCGAGGGCAUUGUGAAACGGGAGGACCUGUUCGUGACCACCAAAAUCUCCAGCAAUUUCACCCAGGUCCAAAAUGCCAUCGACGCUAGCCUGAAGAACCUCGGGCUGGCUUACGUCGACUUGUAUCUACUCCACUCCCCAUAUUGGACAGACUCGGAUGCCGACCUCCAACGCGCCUGGAAAGACAUGGAGGCCGUCAAGGAAAGUGGCAAAGCACGAUCCAUCGGCGUCUCCAACUAUUCGCAAACACAUCUUUCGGCCACGCUCGCGACAGCUCGCAUCCCCCCUAGUAUCAAUCAAAUCGAGUUUCACCCUUAUAUGCGCCAAGGCGACGUGGUGCCAGUGGCGUUCUCGCACAGUCAUAGCAACAUCGCCACUUCGGCCUAUGGUGCUCUGGCGCCUGUCACCAGGAACAUCCCGGGUCCGCUAGACCAGACGCUGGAGUCUCUAGCCAAGAAGUACGGCGUGAGUACCGGACUGAUCUGUCUACGAUGGUGCAUUGAUCAGGACAUCGUAGUCAUCACAACGAGUGAGAAGGAAACGCGCAUGAAGGAGUAUCUGACGGUGUUUGAUUUCAAAUUGACCGACGGAGAGGUGCAGGAGAUCUCGGACAGGGGAACGGAAUCCGUGGGAGGCAAAGAAUUGGUGCCACGAGUGAUACGUUAUUAUAGGAGCCUGAAGGAGAAAGAUGCCGGUGGGAAAGCACAGUAA